CAUCAAAUGAAACAAGUUCUGAAUGUUUAAAUUAUGAAAAAUACAAUGGUAUUUGCAAUAAGAGUAAUAACAUUACUUCUAAUACUAAUCUAACUAAUACUGUCGACAAUUGUAGUCAUAAUAAUAAUAGCAACAAUAACACUGGGAUUUGUAGUAUAUCUGAUAUGAAAUUACCAUCAAGUAAUACAUGUGUAAAACAAAAGCGUCAUCGUACACGAUUUACACCGAAUCAAUUGAAUGAAUUAGAAAGAGCAUUUUCCAAAACACAUUAUCCUGACAUUUUUAUGAGAGAAGAGUUAGCUUUACGAAUUGGUCUUACUGAAUCACGUGUACAGGUUUGGUUUCAAAAUCGUCGAGCAAAAUGGAAGAAACGAAAAAAGUCAGGAACUCCAUUCCGCAUGACAAUCAAUAGUAAUUCGUUGACAAAGAACGUAAGCUUAACAACAAACAACUCUAUGAAAAAUAUAAUGAACGGUGACAAUACCUACAACAGUAUUACUUGUAGUAAUAACCUGAAUCCCUAUAUACAACAGCUAGUACCAACAGCACAAACAAGGAGUUUAGAUGGUUUAAAUUGUUCAAAGCUAGACAUAAAUCCUACCAAUAAUUUGUUUUUACAAAGUCCAACUACUUAUUUUGGCGAUAGUAGUUCAAAUACAAAUUACCCAUUAUUUGAACAUUCCCAGUCAAGUAUACGUAAAUCUCAAGCAAAUUCAUAUCCUUUUUUCUCACAACUAGAACAUAUUAAGGAUAAUAUGAAAGUGAAUCCAUACUUUGUUGAAUCGAAUCCUGCUGGCCCAUUUGAUCAAAUUUUACAGCAACGUUUAGCAUUGCCUCAAAUCCAUAAUAUUCCAGAAGUUAGUACACCAAAUCUAAUUGCAUAUCAAACCGAUUUACAGAAUGAUAAACAGAACCUUGAUGCAGUACAAGGCUGGCAUAGAAAAAUUGAUUCCUUACUCACAAAACAACUCGAAAGUAUGCAUCAACAUGAACAAAAUGAAAAGUCUUCAACAUGUGAAUUUAAUCUGGUUUCCACAACGACUUCAUCUGGUUUGUUAAGGAAUAAAAUAAAAAAUUCAAACGAAAUUUUCACGAUACCACCAAAUUUAAUCAAUCAAAAUUCCUCAAGUAUGGAUUCGAGGGAUUUUCUUUGUAUCACCGGUACUACUACUAUUACUAAUAGUACUGACGAUAUUGGUACAACAAUAGCAGGACAGUCUAAUACAUUAUCUAACUUAAUGUUAACCAAAAUAUCAAAAGAUGGGCUUAACAAUUUUAAUUAAUUCACAAUCAUAUUGACCAAAAAUGAAAUUUUAAUUGAUUUCUCCGUACAACACAACUUUCAGUAAGAUUUUCUCUAUAAAAUAAUUCAAGAGUAAAAUGGAUAUCAGUCAAUAUAUAAAUAUAUAUGAAACAGCGCUUGAUUUCAUAUUUCCCCAUUACUAUUGACCUCAUUAUCACUGUAUUUUCUUGUCAGAGAAUAAAUAGGAGAAAUAGUACAUUAUUACCAAUGUAUGGUGGAAAUGGCACAGUGUAUAAUUUCAUUACAAACACUUUCAAUUCACUUAUGCACAGACAUAUAAGGAACACGCCCCUUCAUGGGUUAGAAUAUUAACAGAUCUCUCUCUCUC